CUGGCACAACAAUUAGCACAACAGUUAGCAAGACAGGUCUCUAGUUGGAGAAUACUUUGCACAGAUGUGGUCAGGGCUGUGCCCGCCCGUGGGGAGCAUGGACACUGUUGGAGCAAGAGGCCAGCCCCUCAGACUGCAGGGGUGGAGGGUUAGGAGAAGCUUUCUGUGGGAGGUGAUGAGCUUGAGUCUUGAAGCACAAGUAGUUUUCUAAGAGACAAUAAGAAAGAGUGGUGUGUCACUGUGACUUCAACCUGGAAGACUUGUGCACAGUGGGUGAGCAGGUGGUAACCAGAAAAGUCAGAAGUAGACUGGCCAGGCCAGGUCACAGAAGGUUUUCCCAGCAGGGUUCAGCCCCAGGCUACUGAACCCUACAACCUCCUGGGUCACUGUGGCAGCUUACUGGGAAGGGAAAGUCCCUGUCUCCAGGGUGGGAAAUGGCCACAGAGAGAAGCAGUCCCCCCCCCACACACACACACACACAACCAAGAAAGCCUAAGCAGAUUCCAGGCAGGACUAGCCCACCUCCCCGGCCUCUGUGGAUGUGGGAUCAGGGUCUGCUGUCGUUCUGCUACAAGGUCUGGGGAGCGCAUUCCAGUUUUUAUAAGCUGGGCUUGUUUCCACCACCACUUCCCACUUACAAAACCAGGGGGGUUUCUAGAAAUUCUCAUUUUAUCUGGCAUUUACCAAGUGAGCCAGGAAGGGAAGGAGGAAAGAGGUAAGAAAGGCUGAAGAAUCCAUUCCACAUUUUUGUGGGCUCAGAAUGACUCCAAAGACAGCAAUCCCAGCUUAUCCACUCUCCCUCCAGACACUGCCCCCUGACCCCUUCACUAUCCCAGGGCUCUUCCUGGAGGACUCUGUCAGCUGCUAGCCAGGUGGUGGAAAAGGACAUCAAAGCCUACGGACAGCAGGACAGAACCCAAGAAGCCUGGCUCCAGUGGUCCCUCUGCUGUCCCUUUGAGCAGAGACUGGAGGAAGGGGGUAGAAUCUACUUCCUGCUGCUCCUUAACUCUCCACCCUCUCCUUCCAGGGCUGCCUGUGACGGGCCAUGGCGAUGAGGGAACAGGCCCAGACCCAGCGCACGAGGAUGAGGAGCCACACCCAGGAGGGCACAGAGUGACACCCACCCAUGCCCACAUAGAAUGACUGUCCUGGGACGGCAGUUCCCCAGGCCCUGGCAGGGCUGCUGACCCUCAACCUGCAAAACUCGAAAAGCAGGACUGGAUCUACUUGUGGAUGGUCCCCUGUCCCCCAGCGCCAUCAUGAGGCUCCUCGUAGCCCCCAUCCUGAUAGCUUGUGUGGCUGGUGCCACUGCUGCUGUGCCCGUGGUGCCCUGGCAUGUGCCCUGCCCCCCGCAGUGUGCCUGCCAGAUCCGGCCCUGGUAUACGCCUCGCUCCUCCUACCGAGAGGCCACCACGGUGGACUGCAAUGACCUGUUCCUGACGGCGGUGCCCCCGGCGCUCCCUGCAGGGACCCAGACUCUGCUGUUGCAGAGCAACAGCAUCAGCCGCGUGGACCAGAGUGAGCUCGCCUACCUGGCCAACCUCACAGAGCUGGACCUGUCCCAGAACAGCUUCUCGGACGCCCGUGACUGUGACUUCCGGGCCCUGCCCCAGCUGCUGAGCCUGCACCUGGAGGAGAACCAGCUGGCGCGGCUGGAGGACCACAGCUUCGCGGGGCUGGCCGGCCUGCAGGAGCUCUAUCUCAACCACAACCAGCUCUACCGCAUCGCCCCCAGGGCCUUCACGGGGCUCAGCAACCUGCUGCGGCUGCACCUGAACUCCAACCUGCUCAGGGCCAUCGACAGCCGCUGGUUUGAGAUGCUGCCCAACUUGGAGAUCCUCAUGAUUGGUGGCAACAAGGUGGACGCCAUCUUGGACAUGAACUUCCGGCCGCUGGCUAACCUGCGCAGCCUGGUGCUGGCGGGUAUGAGCCUGCGGGAGAUCUCUGACUAUGCCCUGGAAGGGCUGCAAAGCCUGGAGAGCCUCUCCUUCUAUGACAACCAGCUGGCCCGGGUGCCCAGGCGGGCCCUAGAGCAGGUGCCUGGACUCAAGUUCCUAGACCUGAACAAGAACCCGCUGCAGCGGGUGGGCCCCGGAGACUUUGCUAACAUGCUACAUCUCAAGGAGCUGGGGCUGAACAACAUGGAGGAGCUGGUCUCCAUUGACAAGUUUGCCCUAGUCAACCUCCCCGAGCUGACCAAGCUAGACAUCACCAACAACCCGCGGCUGUCCUUCAUCCACCCCCACGCCUUCCACCACCUGCCCCAGAUGGAGACCCUCAUGCUCAACAACAAUGCUCUCAGUGCCUUGCACCAUCAGACGGUGGAGUCCCUGCCCAACCUGCAGGAGGUAGGGCUCCACGGCAACCCCAUCCGCUGUGACUGUGUCAUCCGCUGGGCCAAUGCCACGGGCACCCGUGUCCGCUUCAUUGAGCCACAGUCCACCCUGUGCGCUGAGCCCCCGGAUCUCCAGCGACGCCCAGUCCGUGAGGUGCCCUUCCGGGAAAUGACGGACCACUGCCUGCCCCUCAUCUCCCCCCGCAGCUUCCCCCCCAGCCUCCAGGUGGCCAGCGGAGGGACCAUGGUACUGCACUGCCGGGCGCUGGCCGAACCAGAACCUGAGAUCUACUGGGUCACUCCAACUGGGGUUCGACUGACACCGGCCCAUGCGGGCAGGAGAUACCGGGUGUACCCCGAGGGGACCCUGGAGCUGCGGAGAGUGACAGUGGAAGAGGCAGGGCUGUACACCUGUGUGGCCCAGAACCUGGUGGGGGCUGACACUAAGACAAUCAGUGUGGUGGUUGGCCAUGCUCCCCCCCAGCCAGGCAGGAAUGAGGGACGGGGACUGGAGCUGCGGGUGCAGGAGACCCACCCCUAUCACAUUCUGCUCUCUUGGGUUCCCCCACCCAACACAGUUUCCACCAACCUCACCUGGUCCAUCGCCUCCUCUCUCCGGGGCCAGGGGGCCACUGCUCUGGCCCGCCUACCCCGGGGCACCCACAGCUACAACAUCACCCGCCUCCUUCAGGCCACAGAGUACUGGGCCUGCCUGCAAGUGGCCUUUGCUGAUGCCCACACCCAGUUGGCUUGUGUAUGGGCCAGGACUAAAGAGGCCACUCCUUGCCACAGAGCCCUUGGGGACCGGCCUGGGCUCAUAGCCAUCCUGGCUCUCGCUGUCCUCCUGCUGGCAGCUGGGCUCAUGGCCCACCUUGGCACAGGCCAGCCCAGACAGGGGGUGGGUGGGCGGCCUCUCUUUCCAGCCUGGGCUUUCUGGGGCUGGAGUGCCCCGUCCAUCCGGGUGGUGUCUGCACCCCUUGUCCUGCCUUGGAAUCCAGGGAGGAAGCUGUCCCGAUCCUCAGAAGGGGAGACACUGUUGCCACCGUUGUCUCAAAAUUCCUGAAGCUCGGCCAGUUCUCAGCGGUAGAGAAAUAACUAGGACUACUUUUUAUCAAAAGGGAAGCGAUCUGGGCCAGAUGCCCUGCCAGGAAAGCGGCAAGGGCCCACGUGCUUGAGGCCUGGCAGCUGGACCAGGACACGGGGGCUCUGUGGCUCCCAGGGGUUCUCCUGAGGCCUCCAAAAUGUUGCUCUUAUCUGCUGGGGUCCUCUGCUGCCAUUCAUGAGGGACAUGUCCAAGGAACAGGAAGGACUCUGGCUAGAGCCUCCCACCUCCCCAUUAUCUACAUGCCCAGAGGCUGCUGGGCCUCUGCUUGGCUUUCCCCUGCCUGUGUCCCCAGGCCCUGGCCCACAGGAUACACCCCUUCCUCUUCUCCUUCUUUGUACAGUCUCAGUUGCUUGCUCGUUCCCCUCCUGGGCAAGGGCUGAAGGAGGCCUCUCCUUCCCAUCUUGGGGGAUCACCCCAAAGUGGAAGUGACCCCAGCUGGGCCUGAAGGACAUUUGGGGAGAGGGAUGCCCAGGAACGCGUCAUCUAGGCAGCCUGGGCUCUCUGGCGCUGACUUUCUAUAGGCGAUUUUGUACCUUUGUGGAGAAAUGUGUCACCUGCCCCCAACCUGAUUCACUCUUUUCUCCUGUUUUGUAAAAAAUAAAAAUAAACAAUCAUAAUAACAACAAUGAUAAGGGAUAGGGGGACAAAAAUGAAAAGAA